GUAGCGUGGUGCAUUUCAGUGGUCACCAAGCUACUGAAGCUGCUAUCAAGUUGACGUCGCUUGGGACCUUUGCGGGAGAGCAAGGGACCUCAUCGGUCAAGAGAUUCAAAUACGGCUGCACCAACGAACAAAUUCAAUCGGAGCGGUCUGGCACAUGUUCUUUGAAAGUGCCAGACCCGACGUGGAUGGUCGCUCUUAGAGCUCUCUCGAUGGUCAACAAUUUGGACGUCGAGUAUAAUCUGCUCGAGAAGAACUGUGAACUCUUCUGUUGUUGGUGUGAACUUGGACCCAGGAGUGGUAUUGUAAACUUUGGGUCGACCGAGAGGCGAGCCAUUGGUCAAAGUGAUCCUGAAAGGUUCCGGCAGCUAUCUUCGAUAACGAGUUCAGUUGCCCAGUCGCUGGGAUUCCGAGAUGCUCAUGUGGCAGCGGCUUCAGCAGCAGUGAGCACCGCAGCUCAGUCGGCAUACAAGCAUAGUGACAGUGUGACCGCGUUCGCCUCAACCUUCCUGCACACACCGUCAACGAGAAAAGACGACAAUCUGAAACUCUUCAAAGCCAUCAUCGCUAAGAUCUUUGCCUCAGUACCAGUGGUUUUGCCGAAAGCUGUAGAUAGAGCAGUGAACUCGGAUGAUUUAUCGCAAAGUAUCUCGGUACUUGGCGCGAUCCUUGUUGACAUAUCCGAGAACCCACAGCUUCUGCGUAAUCCGGAUUACAUCACAAGCCCGAUGAGUGCGACCGAGUGGGAGACUGCCUUGCGAUCUGCUUUGUGCGAUGUGGAUCGUGUUGCUUCAAGAAAGUGA